AUGGUUCCACUGCCAUUCCUUACAGGUUUUGGCUCGGCGCCCGUUCCAAGCGCGGCUUGUCUCCGGGCCAUGCUGCGGUCCAGAACCACAGAAGCAAUCGACUUGCACAACUUUGUGACACCGGACCGCUGGUGUGUGACACGUCAGGACCUGGAAUACCUGCAAGUCACAGUAAAAUCUGCAAUCCGGGAAGGCGGAAUCGUGCCCCCAGAGAAUGGGAUGGACGACUUCCUGAGCUCGGAGAAGAAGCAUGGUCCAAGCAUCUACACCGUGACGGAGCAGCAUAUCAAGCCCGUGACAGCGCUCGCGGGCAAGAUGAGCUGGGCUUUGAUGCGGAAUCCUAAUGGCUUGGACUGCGAUCUCUUCAUCAGCCAUGCCUGGCAGGAGGGUAUCUUCGAGUUCAUGUCGAAAGUCCUUCACUCCUGGCCACCGCUGAUGCGCCAUGCUUGGUGCUGUAUGCUGGCGAACCCCCAGCACCUGGACAUCUCAAGCAUGCUUCAGUCUCCGCUCCACUCGCCAUUUGCGAUUGCACUGGAGGCUUCUGCGAACGUCUUGGUGGUGCCGAACCAUCACCGGUCGAUUUACACUCGGCUUUGGUGUGCAUAUGAGGCUUACCUAGCCCAAGGAGAAGGCAAGACGAUUCUCAUAGCCAGAUCUUCGAACUGGCCAGCAAUUCGCCAGGCCAUGCGGCGCAUGUUCUUGGCAGCCAUCCUGGGAAUGGCUCUUGCCGUGUUGGUAGAUGUCCACAACUGGAAUGCGGCACUGAACUUGGCGGCGCUUUGCGUGGCAGCGAUUGCUGCAGCAUGGAGCAUAGGCACGGAAGACCACAAUUGCCAGGUCUUUGUGAAUUUGGUGGGUGAGACCACCGCCUGGUUCCUUGUAUUGAACUGGUGCACCGUGGGCAAAGAAGGUGCAGACCAUGGCAUCGCAUAUGCGAUUUAUGCAGGGCUUCAGAGGAUGGAACUGCUGGCCUUUGCCAGUUCGUUCUUGCUGCUCGAGGUUGACCGAGUCAGAGCCGAAGCCGCGAUUUGCGAAGCAACUCAACUCGGACGAGACUAUUCCGGCUCCAUCGCGCAUGCCUCGUGCUCGCGUAUGGAAGACGAUGAGCACAUUCGGAGGGAGAUUGGUGCCAAGAUCUGUGAGGUUGAUUAUGCCAUCGAGGUACUCAUGGCUGCUGGAAUAUCGACUCCAUCCUUGCGUGAGAUCGCGCACCAAGGCGUCAACAUCACGGGAGCAGCCCACUCAGAGGUCACAAUGCCUCUUCUUUUCCUGGUGCCUUUGAACUUUAUCGGCGCAGUGAAGUUUUUCUUCAAUGUCUGCUACCUCAACGCGGGGUGGGUCAUCAUACCUUGCAUGGAAGCGCUGACUGUCCUGCUGCGGAUACACCUCCUCUUCUUGCUAAGCUGGAGUCCUCCAGACGAGAAAUGUUUCAUCCUUCUGGUCGUGACCAAGCUGUCGGUUCUGUAUCUCGUAUUUAUGCUGCCGGAGAUCAUCAUCUGGGAGAGUUCUGCGAUCGCGCACGUUGCUGUCAACGCCUGGUUUGCCGCCUCAUGUCGACUCCUCUGCUGCCUAUCGGCAGAAGGAUUCGCGCUGCUGGGAAUCCGCCGUACGGCCAAGCUCCCCUGUGGCCACCACAUCCUUCGGCUCUUCUUUGCGCGAAGCUUCCGUGGCUAUGUUUCAGCAUGCGCUCGAAACGGUGAGGAGCUACUGGAGUGCCGCCGAAGUGUCGCUUCGCGAUGCGCCGAGACGGAUUCCAGCGAAGAGUCAUCCACAGAAAGUGAGAAGUUGUGCUGA